AUGGCUGAUCCAACCGCCCCCGCUACUCCCAAUACCCCGAGAAUCAAGAUUGAAGACAAUCUCGAAAAGAUUGAAAAGGUCAGGUCAGCUUCGACUGUUGACGAAUGGGCGCAAUGGCAACGUCCUGAUAUCGGUUCCAGCACUGGUGUUGCCGGUGGUAUCUAUUAUGGUCGUGACUUGACCCGCAUCGCUUCGAACCGGCGCAGCUUGUCGCACGGCGUCACCCGGGACUCUACCAUUGAGGUUGAAGACAGCGGCGAUGACUGGCGCCGUGACGAUGGGAGGAAGAAGCAGGUCUUUACGGGGACAACACUGAUGUGGCUCGCUUACCAGUCGAUUGGUGUUAUCUAUGGUGACAUUGGAACCAGUCCCCUCUACGUCUUCUCGUCGACCUUUACAGACAUCCCUACGAAGAACGAUCUAACCCAAGUUCUCUCGCUCAUCAUCUGGUCCCUCACUCUCAUGGUCACCAUCAAAUACGUUUUCAUUGUUCUGCAUGCGGAUAACGAAGGAGAGGGUGGCACGUUUUCUUGCUACUCCCUCCUUACGCGAUAUGCCAACAUCACCACCGUCGACCCUCGAGAAGAAGCCACGCUUCAAAUUGAGCGGUUCAACACACAGGAUGUGCGACCGGUGACCCGUGGCAUCCGCUCUGUUAUUGAGAAGAGCAAGUUCACUCGGGGAUUCCUCAAGACCAUCGGUGUUCUGGCUGUUUCCAUGGUCAUUGCCGACGGAAUCCUUACCCCAGCACAGUCCGUCCUAGGUGCUAUUCAGGGUCUUUCAGUUGUCAAGCCUGACAUCAGCACCUCGACUAUCGUGGGCACAACGUGUGGCAUCCUCGUCCUGCUCUUCCUCAUCCAGCCGCUGGGCACUACAAAAUUGGCCAGCACAUUUGCGCCUAUUGUCAUCAUCUGGCUAGGCUUCAACGGCGCAUUCGGCAUUUACAACCUUGUCAAGUACGACUACACAGUUCUCAAGGCCUUCAGCCCCUAUUACGCGAUCCACUUCUUCAUGGAGAGGAAGACCGAGGGAUGGAGGAUGCUCGGUGGUGUUCUGCUGUGUUUCACCGGUGUCGAGGCACUUUUCGCCGACCUGGGUGCUUUCAGCAUGCGCGCCGUGCAGAUGAGUUGGCUGUUGUGGACAUACCCUUGCCUUAUUCUCGCUUACAGCGGACAGGCAGCGCACAUUGCUGUUUUCCCGGAAAAGUUCACGAACCCCUUCUUCAACACUGUUCCUCCGGGGAUGUUGUACCCCAGUCUGAUUUUGGCUGUGUUGGCUGCAAUCGUUGCAUCGCAGGCCAUCAUCACAGCAACAUUCCAACUCUCCAGCCAAAUCAUGAAACUCUCUUACUGCCCCCAGAUGAAGGUAGUCCACACCUCCGAGAAAUUCCACGGCCAAGUCUACGUCCCCCUGCUCAACUGGCUCCUCAUGCUCGGUACCAUCCUCGUGACAGCAGUCUAUAACAACACGACAAGCCUAGGCCACGCCUACGGCGUCUGCGUUAUUUUCGUCACAUUCUUCGACACUCUCAUGGUAACCCUCGUCGCGAUCCUUGUUUGGCGGCUCCCAGUCUGGCUCAUCUUCCUUCCCGCCCUCGCAUUCGCCACCCUAGACGGCCUAUACCUCUCCUCGGCACUCAACAAAGUACCUGACGGUGCGUGGUUUACACUGAUGAUAUCCGCUCUCAUGGCAGGCAUGUUCCUCCUCUGGCGCUUCGGCAAGGAGAACCAGUGGCGCGCCGAGAAGGAAGACCGUUUCCAGCCCAGCGCGCUGCUGGCCAAGAACCACGAUGGCAAGCUUGCGCUGACGCCACGCUGGGGCGGCGAUCUCCUCUCGCCCGUCAGCGGUUUCGGCAUCUUCUUCGAUAAGACGGGUAUCCAGACGCCGAGCGUCUUCACGCACUUUGCAUCCAAACUCGGCGCUCUCCCUGAUGUGGCUGUGUUUUUCCACCUGCACCCCGUCGAGAUCCCGUCUGUGCCGGACGCAGAGCGGUACCAUAUUUCCCGGUUCGCAAACAUACCAGGCUGUUACCGCCUUGUCGUCCGCCACGGGUUCAUGGAUGAAGUCGUGAGCCCCGAUCUCGGCGCGUUGAUUUACGAGCAGAUUAGAAAGUUCGUCGUAAGGCAGGCCGCGGCCAAGGCUGCUGCCGUCAGCGAACAGGAGACUACGACGUCGUCACGGGAUGAUGCGGAGGGUCCGCCGGAGUUGAGGGAUGAGAAGAUUGCGGCGGAACUGGCCAAGUUGGAUCGGGCAUACGCGCAUAAAGUACUGUACAUAGUGGGUAAGGGACAGAUGCAUAUUCGCACGGGAACGAGUAUCGUUAGGAGGAUGAUGCUGGGGACGUUCCUUUGGAUUAGGGAUAAUACGAGGGCCAAGAUUGCGAAUCUGAGGCUGGCUAUGGAGAGGGUUGUCGAGGUGGGAUUUGUCAAGGAAAUUUAG